UAGCAGUGUCUCAAUUCAAUCAGUGUUGACUCUGAUGUUGCUCAGCAACAUGUUGUAACUAGCACCAGUUCACGGCCAUCUCUGGGAGGAGUCCCUUUUUAUCCUACGCUGCACUUUUGUAUUUUCCAACAUAUUGAACGGGUAAAAAUAUAGUCUACAAUCUAUUGUUUUUCAGAGCUACCAUAUCAGAUAUACAUUCAUCCUUUACAUGUAAUAAAGACCUGCACAUUUUUAAGUUUGAUAAUAUACGAGUUUGAUCACUUAUAGAAAUGAUUAUUCAUCAGCUGGUUGUGAUUAUUACCGUGGCUUUUCAUACGGUAGAAUCGGCCAACAUUUUGACGAUUGUGCCAUUUCCUUCCUACAGUCAUGAAGCUCCUCUCCUCAAUAUAGCAGAGCAGCUGGCAAAUCGUGGACAUAAUCUAACUGUUAUAACCACACGGCUUCCAAAUAAACCAAUAAAAAACUACAGGACAGUGGACAUUUCAGAAGCUUACAAGCACUUCACCAAUCUCUACAAUAUAAUAGGUUUCUCGUUUCAAAAACAGUGGCAUCCUAUGCAGAUGAUAAAUUUCUUCCCUUAUGUGAUCUAUCAUUUGUGCGACUUUGAGCUUGGGCUGCCAAAUGUACAGGAAUUUAUCAGAACCGCCAAUCAGACAUCCUACGAUCUGGUAAUAAUUGAAGAUCUGAUGUUCGCCAGCUACUAUGGACUGGUGCACAAGUUAGGAUCUCCACCGGUGGUUGGAGUCACUACUUUUCCGCCCUGGACCCUGGUUAACCGGUACAUGGGCAUGCCCAGCAAUCCGUCCUACAUGCCCGAGCUUUUCAUCGGCUAUUCUGAUGAGAUGGGAUUCACUGAACGAUUCUUCAACACUCUUUUCCACUACUACACCGUGUAUCUAUCACGCCUUGCAAUCAGCCCGCUGCAGGAGAGGGUCCUCCGCAAGUAUUUUGGUGCGGACACACCAUCAGCUGAGGAAAUGGAAUUCAAUAAGAGUCUGGUGAUAAUGCCGGCUGACUUGAGCAUAUCUUAUGCUGCUCCUGUGCCUCCUAAUGUAAUCAAGAUUGGUCCUCUGCAUAUAGAGAAGGGGAAACCACUUCCUUCUACAAUUCAAAGGUGGAUGGAUGAAUCGGAAGACGGAGUGGUCUACUUUAGUUUAGGCAGUAACAUGAAAGGAACUUCUUUGAAAGAAGAAAAGCGUCAAGUUUUCCUGGAUGCGUUUGCCAAGUUUCCAAAGAUUCGUUUUCUGUGGAAGUUUGAAAUGGAAGACGUGACUACAAAUAAAGUUCCCAGCAACGUUCUAAUUCGGAAAUGGAUGCCACAGCAGGAUAUUUUUAAGCACCCUCAACUGCGGGCAUUCAUCUACCAAGGAGGCCUGCAGAGCACCGAGGAGGCCAUCUACCAUGGCAUUCCCAUGCUGGGUGUUCCACUAUUCAGUGACCAGCCGUUCACCACUCUCAAAAUAGUGAAGGAGGGUGUCGGUCUGCGCCUUAGGCUUGAUGACGUCACUCCUCACACUGUGUUCGAGGCGCUCAAUAGGCUGCUCACAGACAAAAGUUUCAAAGAGAACGCAUUGAGGUUGUCGAAUCUACAGAGGGAUGAAAUGGUGACGCCUAUGGAAUCAGCUAUCUGGUGGAUUGAAUAUGUGAUCAGACACAAGGGAGCACCACAUCUUCGUCCAAAGAGCCUCCACUUGAGUUGGUAUCAAUAUUAUCUGUUGGAUGUUCAUGCGCUCAUACUUUCAAUCCUAUUCGUUGCCAUUUUAUUGUUUUACAAAAUAUUCAAAAUAUGUUUGUCAGUAUGUUGCUCAAGUAAGAAAAAAAUCAAAACUACAUGAUAAAUAUUACAAUAAACUCAUCAAACAGCAUUUUUAA